AUGGGAAGGCUGGACAUUGUCAAGUACGCCAACGCAAAAGGAUGCCAGUGGCACAGAAUGACAUGCCUGGCUGCAGUCAAAGUGGGUCGUCUUGACAUCCUGAAAUUUGCACACGAGAAUGGCGCUGAAUGGGACGAAAACAUUUGUUAUGCAUCCGCCGAAACCGGGCGGGUGGACAUGCUGAAGUAUGCUCAUGAGAAUGGAUGUCCGUGGCACCAAGACACCUGUUGGAUUGCUAGCAGAAAGGGACACUUGGACAUUGUCCGAUAUGCUCACGAGAACGGCUGUCACGAGAACGGACACCAAUGGGAUGAAUUGAUAUGCUACACUUCCGCCGAACACGGCCGGCUGGAUAUCUUGAAAUAUGCGCACCAAAAUGGGUGUCCCUGGCAUAAAGAGACCACUUGGAUCGCUACUUUCCAAGCCCGAUUGGACAUUGUGCAGUACGCACACGAAAACGGAUGUCCGUGGAGCGACUAUGUGUGCAGCACCGCAGCAGCAAUGGGCAGCCUUGAAAUAUUGAAGUAUGCACACACAAAUGGGUGUGAAUGGGAUGAACUCACGUGUAUUCUUGCUGCGGCCAAAGGCAAACUUGAGUGUCUUCAAUAUGCAUACUGCAACGGCUGUCCUUGGGGUGCUGCAGCUUUGGACUGGGCAUCUAAGGGGAGCCACAAGGACAUUGCUCGCUGGGCCAAAUCUCAUCCCAGCUUACAUAGACAAAUGAAGUAA